CUCGUUGGUACGUUGCCUUGCAACAGUCUCUAUAGACGCUCGUCAGAAUUAGAACGCCUGUUCUAGAGAGAGAACGUCAUACCAUCACGUGAUGUCCGCAAGGUUUACUGAACGGCGCAAUGACUUCCGGUGAUAUCGGGACUUACUUAAAAAGUCCAAAGAAACAACAGACAGAUCGCGGGCAAACAUGGGGGACUCGGAGCUGGACUAUACGAUUGAGUUUCCAGAGCCGUCUCUGCAAGGGUUGUACGGUUAUAAAAUAUACUGCAGCCUGGAAAGCAGUUUUCAUCACAGAGUCUUUGGGCCUCAACUCACUACGUGAAGAUGCAAAAAAGCUUCUGGAGUUGCUCUUUGACUAUGAAAUUGAAAAAAGUCCCAUUGUGUUCCAUGUUUUUAGUAAUGGUGGCUUCAUGUUAUACCGAUAUAUUGUGGAGCUGCUACACUCUCACUGCCCCCUGAACAAACUGCAUGUAGUGGGAACCAUCUUUGAUAGUGCUCCAGGAAACCGAAAUGUCAUUGGCUCAGUACGAGCUUUGGAUACUAUCCUUAGAACUUCCACUAAUAAGGCUUUUCGCUUUUUAGCUUUAGCAGCUUUUGCAAUUCUGGUAAUCAUUCUAAGGAUCCUGCUAUACCCAUUGACAAGGUUCCUGCAUGAGAAUCACUAUGACGCUAUGAAGAAGGACCCCUCGCGCUGGCCUCAGCUUUAUUUGUAUUCCCGGGCUGACCCUAUUAUCUCGUAUCUUGAUGUAGAGUCUAUGAUUGCUGCUAGAAGAAGACGAUGCCUUCCCACUGAGACUUUGGACUUUGGAAAGUCAGAACAUGUCAGUCAUUUCCGUAGGUUUCCACAGAGGUACUCUGAAAUUUGCACUUCUUUUUUAAGGGACUGUGUCAGAAAAGCAUCCAUAUCUAUGCUGAGGAGUGAACACCCUGUUUCCUUUUAAAUGUCAGAACAAACCUGUGUGGACUGUGACAAAUAAAUAGCUGUUUGUUUGUUUA